AUGUGCUCUGUUUUCCCGUCGGAAAUUAUCUUGAACGCGUGCCACUCCGACAGCGGAGAAGGGAUGAUUCUCCCCAGUAUCCCCAGUUUAACCCCGCCUUCGAAUUUGAUCAACGAGGCGUGGCCCGACGGUGACGAGAUCUUGACUGGUGCCUGUCUCACCGUCAGCCAAGGGAUGAUGAUUAAAACAGAAACCCCAAGCGUGAACCAGAAACUCCAGGUGUUGGAUCAAUUUUGA